AUGCGCGUGCGUAGCUUGGACCUCAUCGUGAGGUCCUUGACUCGCCCAAGCGUGUCGUCGACACCACGAUGGCAGCUGCAGCCCACGCGCAGCAUCUCGAGCAACACCAGAAAGCAGCGAGUCCCCGACUUUGCGUUCGCCUUUGACAUAGACGGCGUGCUCGUGCGCAGCGCAAAGCCCAUCCCCCACGCGUCCACGUCGCUCCAAUUCCUCCAGCAAAAUGACAUCCCCUUCAUGCUGCUCACCAACGGCGGCGGGCGGCACGAGUCGGAACGCGUGGCAGACCUCUCAUCCAAGCUCGCCGUGCCGCUGCACGAGUCCAACUUUGUGCAGUCGCACACGCCCUUUGCCGAGCUGAUCCACGGCGGCGAGAACAGCCUGCGCGACAAAUGCAUCCUGGUCGUGGGCGGCGAGUACGGGCGCUGCAGGGACGUCGCCGAACGGUACGGCUUCACCAACGUCGUCACGCCGGGGGACAUCUACGCGGCGCAUCCGGAGAUCUGGCCGUUCAGCAAGCCCUUCCAGCGCGACUACUACGCGACGUUUGCGCGGCCAAUACCCAAACCGAUCAACCCGGCAUCGCUCGACGAGAGUCUCAAGAUCGACGCCGUCUUCGUCUACAAUGACCCCCGCGACUGGGGGCUCGACAUGCAGGUCAUCCUCGACGUGAUGCUGUCUCACGAGGGUUACUUGGGCACGUAUUCCCGCAAGAACGGCGACACGUCGCUGCCCAACAGCGGGUAUCUGCAGGACGGGCAGCCGACGCUCUACUUCUCCAACGCCGACCUGCUCUGGGCGGCGGACUAUCACCUCUCGCGGCUCGGGCAGGGCGGGUUCCAGGCGUCGUUGGAAGGUCUCUGGCGCGCGGUGACGUACCACAAGGACCACAAGUCCACGCCGGAGCUGUACAGGAAGGUCAUUGGCAAGCCGUACAGAGAGACGUACGAGUUCGCCGAGAAGCAAUUGAUGCGGCAUCGGGAAAGCAUGUUCGGGAAGCAGCAAUCAACAAGGUUAAGAAAGGUAUACAUGGUCGGAGAUAAUCCCGAAAGUGACAUUCGGGGCGCCAACGACUACGACUCGCCUCACGGCAUCGAGUGGCUCAGUCUGUUGACUCGCACGGGCGUAUAUAGAGACCAAGACGGGCGUCGGCCAACUUGGGAACCAACGGCCAUCGUAGAUGAUGUCAAGGCCGCUGUACAGUGGGCGUUGAAGGAUAGUGCUUGGCACGAACCGCUACGAUAG